ACAUUUUGAUAUAAUAAAAAGGCAGAGAGCUCAUAGAUGAAGGAAAAACAAACCUUGAUUCGUGUCUAAACGAACAACAACAAAAACUUUGAUCCAUCUCUUUCGUGAUUUAAAAGAAGAAGAAGAGAUAACAAUGGCGGCGUUUACAGGGACACUAGACAAAUGCAAGGCGUGUGACAAGACGGUAUACGUUAUGGACUUGAUGACAUUGGAAGGAAUGCCUUAUCACAAGUCAUGCUUCAGGUGCAGCCAUUGCAAUGGCACUCUCGUGAUAUGUAACUACUCAUCCAUGGAUGGAGUUUUGUAUUGCAAGACCCAUUUUGAACAGCUCUUCAAAGAAUCUGGAAAUUUCAGCAAGAAUUUCCAAACAGCAGGAAAGACCGAGAAAUCGAAUGAUACGGCGAGGGCUCCAAACAGGUUAUCUUCGUUCUUUAGCGGAACACAAGACAAAUGUGCAGCUUGUAAGAAAACAGUUUAUCCUCUAGAGAAGAUGACAAUGGAAGGAGAAUCUUACCACAAGACUUGCUUCAGAUGUGCACAUAGUGGUUGUCCAUUAACACAUUCUUCAUAUGCUGCUCUCGAUGGUAUCCUCUACUGUAAGGUCCAUUUCAGUCAGCUUUUCCUUGAGAAAGGUAAUUACAAUCAUGUUCUCCAAGCUGCGGCUAACCACCGUCGCACAGCCGCUGAGGAAGACAAAACCGAACCCAAAGAAAAUGAAGCAACAGAAGAAGAAACUUCUGAUGCAGCAGGUGAAGAGCAUGAGUCCUAAGAAAAUCCAGGAGUUCCUUUGUGAAAUAUAUAAAUCAUAAAUUGUUAA